AUGUUAACUGAUACUGCCAAGUUUAUAUUGGAAAAAGGUAUUGUUGAAGUUCCAGUUGUGUAUCGUAAAUUUUUUCCUGUUUCUGUUUAUAAAACUGACAAAGCUGUUAGGAGACUUAUGCAGAUGCCAUUGGUGAUCUUUAAAAGGGAAACUACUCCUGGCCGUGCCAUACUGUAUACCACAGAAUACAACCCAUCAGUAGAUUACAAAUACUUUCUAAAAUGGACUGAAAACCUUACUGAUCCAGUAAAGCCACUUUCAGGACUUAGCAAACAAGACCUUGCAGCACUUUGUAGUCUAGCAUCUACUGAUAAGGACCGAAAACUUCUGAAGUAUGCAGUUUGUCAAGCCCAGAAUCUCAGUGCAAAAGAAGCAGAAAGGACAUAUGGUAUUGCUUCUUAUAGUCAGCUUGCAACAAAAGUUUCAACAGCCCUUGAAGAUGCAGAAGUAAUAAGAUCUUCUAUUCAAGACUUAGCUAAGAUUGAGAACAGAGCRUUUUGUUUGUCAUUAAGAAUACCAGAGAACUUUGGCGAAGAAGAUUCAGAAGGCAGUGAAGAUGACCCCUCAGAGAUUAUUGAUAUUGAAAGAAUAUCUGAUGAUAACKUUAUAGAUGAAGAUGUUGAUGAAAGCGUACUUGAUGGACCACAACAUUCAAAGCAUUCAUAUGAUCCUGAUGACAUAAAUAAAAGAACAUUGAUUGCAAACCCAGCACKUGCCAAUGAAGUUUUGAUUAGUUGGCUAAGAGAAAAUGAGUUAAACUGGUUUGCAUUUUAUGAAGAGGUAAGCCUGUACCUACGUAACUAUACCUCAGAGGUCRUUAAUCAAGUAUUAUUAGAUUUUUCGGACUUUUUACCAUCGAGUGACCUAACAGAAGCUGAAGAAAAUCAAGUUGAAGUAUCCCGACAAGCUUUUUUAGAAACACAACGAAGARUGACUUUGAAUAACCAAGAUAUUGAAACUGAUUCAGAUAAUGAUGAAGACCAAGAGUGGAGUGGGGUUCAAGUUACCCAUCAKCUUAGUAAAGAAACCAUUGAGAAAAUUCAGGCUGAAAAAAUUCGCAUAAAAAGGCGAGCAAAAAGAAAGGUUGCAAAGGAGAUUGCUCAUAAUUCAGUUUUAAAAAGAAAGGUUCCACCAAAGGUUAGUAGAGUUUUGAAMAAAUAUCCAUCAAUUGGCAAAGACAUGGAAGAAUUUGUAGAAAGCAAAAAAGUUGGAGCUGACGCUUGGCGAAGAACAGGACUUUUAACUUUUGAUGGGGAARGGAAACGAGGAAAGAAAGUGACAUACACAAGAAUAAAGGAACACCUAGAAACCAAGUAUAAUACCAAGUUUGGAUAUGGGACCAUUGUCCAGCUGUGUGCAGUCCGAAAUAAAAGACUUCUCUCAUCAAAACGAUAUCAAGGCAUUGCAAACAURACUUGUCGAAGAGCCCGUAAAGGAUUUUCUGUUAGACUCAAUGCAGAUGCUCACUGGAGCUGUGCCUUGUAUAAGGGACUAGACUUUCUACAGUUAAAAGAUGGAAUCAACCAAAUGAUUCUAAACAGGGAUGACCAAUCUGGUUUUAGACUAGAUACAACCUAUGAUCACAAACACUCUAAGACAAUUACAACAAGCAACAAGCCAUCUCUUACAACACGUACAGAUUUUGUYAAUUCAUAUCCUUCUGUUAUACAGACAACAUCCUAUUUAUUUAUGGAAACCAGUACAACCAAAAAAGCUUGUGUUGGUAUUGUUAAACCGCAUCAUAUUUUCCCCAAGAACCCAGCACAGCAUGCAGCAGAUUUAGAGAUGUUAAUAAACACUCCUGAAAUGGAAGCAUGGGUAACCAAUAGACCAAUUGAUUCGAUAAGAGUGGAUGGAGCCACUGACGAAGGACCAAGCCAUAAGGAAGUGCAAUUCAAUUGGACAGAGCAUCAUAUUCGAAACAGAAAGAUUGUAACUCUUGUUACUUCUCGACACAGCGGGGGUUCUUAUCUAAAUCGCGUUGAGUUAAUGAAUGGACUCUCCCUUCCAUCGGCACAAGCUAUUUUAGUAAAAUGGUUAAAAGUUGCUGGACACAAAGACAUCAAGUUGAAGGAAUUGAAACAAAUUGCAAAGGAAAGAAAACUCAAAAUGCUAAGAAAUGCAGACAAAGAUGCACAUGUGCUGGCUAUAGCAGCAAAUUUGUUGUCAAAAGGGGAUUGCAUUUUAGCUGAAAACUGUCAAUUAGAUAGAGUAAUAACAGCUGAUGUUACAGUUGUAACAGGCUCGAUUCAGACAUAA